CAGGCCGGCUUUCUUUUCCCGAGAGUCCUCCAGAUUACGGGGCGCUAGCGUGGGGAACGAUUAGAAAGCAGCUAGAGAGGCCGGCUUUGGGGUUGCCAAGGAGCGGCCGGCGGCUGGGCUUCCGUUUCCGCUAACUGAGGCACGAGGAUCCGGCGUUCUAACCCAGCGGGAAAAUGCGGCCGCUGACUGAAGAGGAGACCCGAGUAAUGUUUGAGAAGAUAGCAAAAUACAUCGGGGAGAAUCUUCAGCUGCUGGUCGACAGGCCCGACGGCACCUACUGUUUCAGGCUGCACAAAGACCGGGUGUACUACGUGAGUGAGAAGAUUUUGAAGUUGGCCGCCAACAUCUCCGGUGACAAGCUGGUGUCGUUGGGGACGUGCUUCGGAAAAUUCACCAAGACUCAUAAGUUUCGGUUGCACAUCACGGCUCUGGAUUACCUAGCACCCUAUGCCAAGUAUAAAGUGUGGAUAAAACCUGGAGCAGAGCAGUCCUUCCUGUAUGGGAACCAUGUGCUGAAAUCUGGACUUGGGCGAAUCACUGAAAACACUUCUCAGUACCAGGGAGUUGUCGUGUACUCCAUGGCAGAUGUCCCUCUGGGUUUUGGGGUGGCAGCAAAGUCCACACAAGACUGCAGGAAAGUAGACCCCAUGGCGAUUGUGGUAUUUCAUCAAGCAGACAUUGGGGAAUAUGUGCGACAUGAAGAGACAUUGACUUAAAGCAAAAUCGUCGCAAGGACUUGUGGCUGUGUGGAAGGGGCUAGUUUUGUUUCCAGUGUCUCUGUAGGCGCCACCGUCAUGUUGAAUUUUUGUCAACACUGUGUCCUCUUCCGGGAUUUCUUAGUUUAAUAUUUUCUCUAUCACGGACAAAUGCAGGCUGGAUUCUCACUAUGCAGAAAUGACUCAAAAAUUGGGUUUUGGAUCUUUGUGAUUAUGACUCAAUAGAUUACUGUGUUUUAUAUUUGAAUCAGAGGGCUUCUUGUUUUGAGUAACAGGUUCUAAACUGUUGGAACUGAGGACAAGAAUAGCUUGUUAUUGUUAUCUGUGAUAACACUGUUUUCCAAACACGUGAUAAGAACAUAAUGAAUUUUCUUUUUUUUUUUUUUACAGGAAAUUAAUUUUAGUGGCAUAAUGAAUUUUCUUAACUAUUUAUUAAUAUUAUGAAAGAUAGAUAUUGCCAUAUCAUAGUAGUAGGUCAUGUUUGGGAUUUUACAAAUGAAAUAUAGAUAAAAUACUAAGGGCAGUUUAUUCUGUGGCUUUUCUAUAUGAUAGGUGCUGUGUGGUGUGGAAGAAGAAACUCUGAUUCAAACACCAUUUCUCACAUUUACCAGCUAUAUGGCCUUAGAUGAGUCAUUAAACUUCAGUAAAUACCUUACCCAUCUUCCUAAGAAUAGUUUUUAGAAUUCAGAAUCAUGAUUGUAAAGCACCUAACACAACGCUUGGCAAAUGAUGGUGUUGAGUACAUGCUAAGACUUGUUUUUGUAACACUUACACUGAGUAUUUUUGUUACUAAGAACAGGAUAUUAUGAAUAUAAUUUGAUUAUGUUACCUUGGCUUUAACAAGCAGUUUUCUUGAUCUUUUUCUUGAGUUUUAUGAUCCCCGGCUGAAUGUUAUUUUUAUCACCUUGAUUUCUGUUAUAAAUCUUUUGGUUUUUAAUUAAAUUUUUUUUUCUUGAAGUAUGGUUGAUGUACAAUAUUGUGUUAGUUUCAGGUGUACAGCAGAGUGAUUCAUUUAUAUGUAUAUUCUUAUAAAUCUUUAAUUACUUCACUGGAUUGGACAAAAAGCACUAAUCAGAGACCCUGCCUUGCAAUAAUAAUUCAGCUCUUCUGUCCUCCCCCAUGCCUUCCAAAAUUACUUUUAGAAUUAUUAAAGUAUUUUUUAGCAAAAAAGCAUAUAGAAAAAAUUUAACUCCCUGUAUUGUAGUUUCUUUAGUGCAUAUACUGCUUAUUUUAAAUUUCGAAGAUGACAUCUCUAAAAAGAAAGCAUUUUUCAGUUACAGCAAAGCACUCUACAACUCCUGUUUCAGUAUGCAACAUACAAAACCCAGUUUAUAUAUUUUUGUCCCAUUUGUUUCAACUCUUCUCCCUUCCAAGUUUCUCUGU